AACUCAAACAUGAACAACGAUACAUAUUACCAAUGUUCAAAGCUGAUUUGGGUAGAAUUGGAAUACAGUUGCAUACAACAUAUUCCAGAAGAAUUAGAAAAGUCAAAGUAAUGGAUAACAGAAAAGAGCCUCCAUUCUUCAAUGAAGAUAACGUGGGACCAUUUUAUUUCAAACUUCCUUUCUAUGACACCAUGGAACUCUUCAUCGAAACGUUGACUGGAACAUGUUUUGAACUAAGAGUUUCACCCUUUGAAGCUGUUAUCUCUGUGAAAGGAAAAAUUCAAAGAUUGGAAGGUAUUCCCAUCUGUCAGCAGCACUUAAUUUGGAAUAACAUGGAGCUUGAAGAUGAUUAUUGCUUGAAUGAUUACAACAUUUCAGAAGGUUGUACCUUGAAGCUGGUAUUGGCUAUGCGUGGAGGACCGAUAAGUACUAGAAAAGUUCCUGUGGAAGACCCACUCAGGGAGCUUGCCGAGUACAUGGAUUCCAGUCGAGAUGAGGUCUGGGAAAAGACCUCUUGCAACAAACAAGUUACAUUUUUGGUAUACCGGGAAGGAGAUCAACUGAAUUUCUUUCGUGUAGUAGAUAGGGGAGAUGGCACUUUAACACCACUAUCUGAGUCUUUAAGUGGUGGCUCUGUGUAUAAUUUGUAUACAGAUGAGGAUGAAGAAGCUGAGCCUUCUCCUUCUGGGCAACAGAUCAUUGAAAAUUCAAUAACUAUGAAUAAGAUGAAGCUGCUGAAGGCUAAGAUGGAGAACAUGAAUCUCAGCAAAAAGCCUAAGAAGGUUGUCAAGGUCAAACCUCGCCCACCUAUAGCUCCUCGGCCGUCUAGCAGUUCUACAGCAGCAGCCCGGCACAGAUUGCUAAGAGUCCUCCCUCAAAUUGGGCAGUCUUGUUUACCUUCUGGGAAUGUGUAUCUCCCUGAAACAUCCAGGAAUGCAGGCACAAGUCCUGCAGCUCAGGCCCCUGCUGAUAGACCAGUGUCAUCUCUCAGGAAUGAGAUGCUGAAGGAUGAUGAUAACUGGGAGAUUAACAUGCUGUCUCACUCCACGAGUAGUAUCAGACUGCUUCCUCAGUUGGCCCAUCUAGAACUGGAAAAUGACAAAGAGCUUGCAGAUUCUGUUCUUCAUUUUGGAUCAUCCCUGCCUAGGCGGACCAAGCACCUUUCAGGAAACUUGUCAUCUAAUCACGAGGAUGAUGUUGUCUUAUUUCCACGGUCAGAAGAGUGUGUAGCUGACGAGUUGCUCCUGCCAGAAGUAGGUGCUUUUGCUCCGUUUGCAGAAGGAAAUGGUGCCGAGCAGAGCAGUGGUAUGGAAGGGCUAGGGAAGGUAACGCCAGAGUUCCCACUCACUAAAGGUGAUGGAGGACUGAGGCCAGCGGAGCAGCCUCUGAGCCAUGUGGCAAGAGUGCUGAGCUGUGACCCAGGAGACAGUGCCGUUUUUAACCACCGAGAGCCAAGCUCUCACAAGAACAGACUCCUGUCACCUCUUCUCUGUGCUGCACCAGUGUCACUACAUAAUUCUCUGGUGAAGCCACAGAGACAGUCGAAAUGUUUUGAGUCAGGCAACCACUCAGCGUCUACUUCACAAAACACUCUGCGGGAACUGGACAUUCGAACCAUAGCAGAUUCUUCUUUCUCUAGGACUGCUCGCUUUCGUGGUGUUAAAGUCGAUUCGCCUGGAAAAAGAUCUGACAUUAUUUCUAAAGUGGAAGCCCGAGAUAUUACAGAAAUGGCUAACAAAGCUUCCAAAGAGCCUGUUGGUUGUGUAAACAAUAGUGGCUUUUUGGCUUCACUGGCUCGGAGUGCAAGCAGAGACAGUUUGCAGGGCACACGUGGGGCAGGCAGGCUUCGGUCCUCUGGAAUUGGGUUGUCUACAAGCUUCCAGCAUUUUCAGGAUGAAAACAUUAGGAAAAGUUCUCCCCAGUCAGAACCUACAGAUUUUUUUCUAUCUGCCCGCGGUAUUGGAAUGAGUGGGAGUAAUGCAGCAGCAGGGAAGAGAACAGGAGAAAGCACCCAUCACCUUCCACCUGUGAAAGCCCCUCUUCAAACAAAGAAGAAAAUAAUGAAACAUUGUUUUCUUUGUGGAAAAAAAACAGGACUGGCCACUAGCUUUGAAUGCAGAUGUGGAAACAACUUCUGUGCAUCUCAUCGCUAUGCAGAAGCUCAUGGCUGCACUUAUGACUACAAAAGUGCAGGGAGGAGGUACUUGCAGGAAGCAAACCCUGUGGUCAACGCACCAAAACUUCCCAAAAUCUAAUUCUUCUCUGCGCUUUACUGCUUUGCCUGAGGAAUCGAUUAUAUUGACAGAGAAAUAUUGUUUAGACUGCAUUAUUUUUGUUCGACUCCAAAAGAUUUGCCAAAUAACAAGCGCACAUAAUGUGCACUGUUGCAGACUGAAAAUGCCUACUGUAUUGAUGUCUUUAUUCCUUGGUGAAUCACAAGUUUUAAAAGUAGUUUUAAAAUCUUUACACUAUAAUGAUUUAGUUUUGUUAUUGCAUGUCUGUGUUAAGUAUUUUAUAUUUGAGAUUGGAAUUAUUUAUUAGACAAAUCUUCAAAAGAUGCACUUUAGGAAGUUACUAUUGGCUGCGUAAGUAGGCUUCCAUGUUGUACAGCAGUGAGUGGUUCUGGAUGGCUCUGUUCAAACUGAGCGCAAUUUUCCCUUUUUUCUUUCUUUUCUUGUGGGGAUGGGAUAAAUGGGAUUUUAAAAAAGUAAAUCCCUCAUGUGAAAGUUUAUGAGGUUUACUAGCAAGUUCUUUUUAAAAGAACAUUUGUUUUUCCAGUGUGAUUUUUUAACACAUAUAUUUCUUCCAUAUUCAGAUUGGCAUUCAUAUAUGUAUCCAUUCUGUAGAACACAUCAUGUUAAUAUAGUAUACAUU